UGACAAACCUUGGGUCUCAUCUAACUGCUUAGAUUGUAAUGCCACCCUAGAAAAACACAAAUGGAGGUUGUUAGAUCCGCCCUGGAUAUUGCAUACCAGAAAGCAGUGGAGCCUAAAGACAGGCCCAUCCAUUUCCUUCAUGCAUGUUCUCAAUUUUACGAGUUUGCAAUGAUUCUGGUUGAUGUUGGAUGCAACGUUGUUCGUAGAGAUACAUAUGUCCCUAAUGAGAGAAGCCAGAAGGAGAUCGUCCUCUCCGACCUUUUGAAAAUAGCACAAGUUCUGUAUGAACGCAUCGAGGUGAUACAGACAUCGAUUAAUGAUGAGAAAGAUGAAGACCGAUCAAAGGAUAAUGGUAAUGAACUCUACCAUAACCAGAUUCAACGGAUGAGUUGUGAUUUAGACAUGCUAAAAAACACGUUUGGUGGUUUCGUGUUCGGGCAAUCAGGAGACAAAGAGACUAAAAUAUUGGAAUCGGAAUUGCAAUUGGAUAUCCACAAGGUUAUUAUGAGUGAAAUGAUGAAUUCGUUGAAAAUGGAAAAAUGUGAUUAUGAAAUUCAAAAUAUGAUCAGGGAAGAAAUACAUGCCUUCGUGAUAACAGAGGUAGUUAAACAUUCUGCUUCUGAUCAUUCAAAAGAAGAUGAGAUCCCCCCUCUGCCCUCAUCAGCCAGGAAAUGGGAGAAUAAUGAGGAGGAGAACUUGAUACAGGUACUCGACUCGGUGCUAAGGUGUCUAGAGAUGGAAGAGGAUUUGGUUGUGAGCGCGAGCAGUGAGAUUGAGCAGCACAGCGUAAACCAUUACCUGGAAAUCUUUAGGACCGAGGAGCGGGAAGAGAGGGAGGCCAUUCAAUGGCUAUUGGACUCUGAUGAAAGCAUUCUGAGUUCUGUUAAUAUAAAGCUGGCCAAAGCACUUAAACAGCUCCUUACUAGCAAGGAGCUGUUGUUGGAUUUGGAACAGGGUUUGGGCCUGUACCCCGACGGUGAAGGGGAUGACAAAGACAAUAACAAUAAUGUUGAUGAAGAUGAACGACUUUCUUCUUGUCGACUAAGCGAUGGCAAUCCUUUUUCAUCUCUUAGAAGGUUUCAAAAAGUCCUAACUGAUUUUGAGGAUACUGUGCUUGCUAGUUUAGAGAAGAAAUGCCUAAGGAUAGAGAAACUGGAGCAGCAAUUGGAAGAGCUAGAACAUCCUGUUGUAUCAUUGAAGAGAAGGGAGCAACUUUAUAAGAAGGCGUUCAUAGCGAGGUGUCAUAGCCUGCAUUUUGCAGAAAAUGAGGUUGACCUGCUAGGGGAUCAGGUGGAGUCACUACUGCAAUUUCUUGGGAAAAUAUAUAGGAAGUUGAGCAAAUACUCGUCAUCAUGCCACUUUGAGGUCUCUGACAUUGUAAGAUUAAUCAAGAAAGAGAUAGCAGAUACAGUUGUUUGUACACAGAAUUAAUCCCUAGGUGUAUCAUUUCCCUCUUUUUUCAUUGUGCAACAUCUAGCAUAAAGAUAAGAUGCAUUGGGAUAAUGAUGAACAAGGAUGAAAUGUUUUAGGGUGUGUUUGGUACUGGAGGGCGUAGCUCACUUGGUAGGAAGGGGAGCCACAAGGGAGAGAUCCCAGGUUCAACUC